UCAAAUUCUGACCAAUCAAUCUCGACUAUUCGGCGUGAUGACGUUUCUUUCGCGUUCUGACCAAUGAGAAUGCGCACAACUGAUGCUACUCAUUUGCAUAUGGCUGUUAUAAAUACGUUGCACGCAGCGGUGCUCGUCACUUCGUCCUGCAGUGGGUACUGAGGCAGUUCUUAGGUCUUCGCAGCAUAAGCAGUUGUCGCGAUGCCUGAACCGGCCAAGUCCGCUCCUGCGCCCAAGAAGGGCUCCAAGAAGGCGGUCACCAAGACGCAGAAAAAGGGUGACAAGAAGCGCAAGAAGAGCCGCAAGGAGAGCUACUCCAUCUACGUGUACAAGGUGCUGAAGCAGGUGCACCCUGACACGGGCAUCUCGUCCAAGGCCAUGGGCAUCAUGAACUCCUUCGUCAACGACAUCUUCGAGCGCAUCGCCGGCGAGGCGUCGCGCCUGGCGCACUACAACAAGCGCUCCACCAUCACGUCGCGGGAGAUCCAGACGGCCGUGCGCCUGCUGCUGCCCGGCGAGCURGCCAAGCACGCCGUGUCCGAGGGCACCAAGGCUGUCACCAAGUACACCAGCUCMAAGUAAAAAGUUGUUUCAAAUACUGUUAAACCCAAAGGCUCUUUUAAGAGCCACCCACCUUUUCAAUAAAAGAGCUGUGCAAUCAAGUAUGGUUAAAAUCCU